ACUAAAAAACGCAGAAAGAGUAGAAAAGAUAAGAGCUCUGCCAUUCUUGAAAAGCCACAAAAAUGGGAAUCAUCCCAAAAACUCACCCUUUUUAUUUUCCCUUUUAUAUUUAUAUUACCCUUCUUCUUCUUCAUCUUCUUUUAUUAUUCUUUACCUAAUUCCACUUUCAUAUUUAAUUAACUUUAUAUUGCUUCUUACCAAGGAUUUCGAUCUUUCGGUUUUAUUCUUUUCCCAAUUAUAAUUAUAGCUAUUCGGGUUGGUAGAAGCUUACCAGCUGUUCAGUUGCUUUGAGUUUCUAUUUAUUUCAGCUGAUUUUAAUUCAGAAGCUGGUGUGUGUAUCAUCUGAAUCAUGGAAGGAAUCAUUUUCAGACGAGUAAUUCCGUCGGACAAUAGUUGUCUUUUCAAUGCUGUUGGGUAUGUUAUGGACAAUAACAAGAACAAAGCGCCUGAGUUAAGACAGGUUAUAGCUGCAACAGUGGCAAGUGAUCCAGUGAAGUACAAUGAAGCAUUUCUUGGGAAACCAAAUGCAGAAUACUGUGCUUGGAUACUUGACUCGGAGAAGUGGGGAGGUGCUAUUGAGCUUUCGAUAUUAGCAGAUCAUUAUGGACGGGAAAUUGCCGCGUAUGACAUCCAAACAACACGUUGUGAUCUGUAUGGUCAGAACCGACGGUUCUCUGAAAGGGUGAUGCUGAUCUAUGAUGGGCUUCAUUAUGAUGCUUUAGCGAUGUCUCCAGCUGAGGAAGCUCCAGAGGAGUUUGAUCAGACAAUAUUUGCUGUUCGAAAUGAUAGAACAAUUGGACCUGCCGAGGGGCUUGCCCUUAAUCUCGUCAAGGAGCAACAAAGGAAACGAAGUUAUACCGAUAUUGCCAACUUCACCCUGCGUUGUGGUGUAUGCCAAAUUGGCGUGGUUGGUGAGAAGGGUGCAGCUGAGCAUGCACAGGCCACCGGCCAUAUCAACUUUCAAGAAUUCAGAUGAUGAAAUUUGCAUAGGAAGAAGAAAGCAACCCAAAUCCUGUUGGAGUCCGUCCGUAUCGGAAAGACCAUUGAUUGGAAGUGAACAAGUAUUUGGAUUGUUUAAAGAUUGUUGUAUAAUGGUUGGUGUCAACGUUGCAUUAUUUUGUGAGAGGAAAUUGUUUUAUUUUGAUUAUUGAAUAACAUCAAAUCAUCUAGAAGACUUGCAUGUUAA